AGGAGGAGGAUCGUGCAGCGCACCGCGCGCCCCUCGGGACGGCGCCGGCCCCCGGCCGGCGCGAUCCCCUCCGGCCGGCGCGCCUGGCCGCCGCGGUGCCCCGAAGCGGGCCGGCCGUGCGGCGGCAGAUGCCCAGGCCGUGCUCCGCGCUGGCAGCCUGCGGGGGCCUCCUGUGGCGCGCGGCGCUGCUCGCGCUGCCGGCGCGCGGGGCGCUGACGGCGAGCCUGCAGGAGCAGCUGAACGCGACGUUCGGCGCGGCGCUGCUGGAGCGGUUCGUCGCGUGCGAGGCGGCCGCGACGUCCUGCGCGGCGAGCACGCGCAGCUGGAUGAGCACGGUGGGGGCGCGGGGCUACGGCCUGAAGAGUAGCUUCGACGCCUGUCCCGUGGGGUGCGAGUUCGCGAAGUCUGGCUGCGACAACUUCCGGUCGGCUGCCGUGGACGACGCCGCAGCCCUGCAGAGCGAGUGCGAGGACAAUGGCCUGUGGCCCGUCGCGUGCAUUCUGCUGGAACGCGACCUCACAGAGAUGGUCAACAGCGACCUCUUUGAGGUUGGGGUGAUGUGCUCCAUCAUCUCUGCGGAGACGAGGGAGGCGUUGCCGGAAUGCAGUGUUCUUGCCCAAAUGACCGUAGCAAAUUCUUUGAGCAUCAACGGAUCCAGUUGUGAGAACUGGGACCAUGACACUUGCGUCGACCAUUUCUGUGGCCUGUACGAUAAGUUCUGGUGGCGCAUGAACGCAUCCAACUUGCAGGGGCACCAAGCUCACGCGCUUCCUGUUGGCGAGGGGAUCCUAUCAGGCUGCGAGCUGCUGAGUGCAUCAGGGGCAUUCGUGAACAACAACACGGCGCUCAAUAUGGAGCAGUGCUCUGCGCGCAGAGACGUUGCAGGUAUUUGCGAUUGCUUGUGCGGAGCAUUCACGCAGCUGGAAGAAGGUAUCCCAGGCACCGACUGCGCGUUCCACUUGGACGCGUUCAUGCUGUUUGGGCGGCUUGGCGCGGUGGGUGUCGAAGUACCGGAGGAGUGCGAGACGGAUAUUUGCGACAUGUUUGAUCAGGUCCACGACCGGAGCCAAUGUCAGAGCUUGGACCUGCCAGACGUCGAUCAGUGUAUUGCUUUGUCGCUGGCGGAGCAGCACUACCGACCGAUCUAUUGCCCGUGGCUGGACAGCGACAGCGGGGAAGAUGGCGUGCUGGAGUGUUUGGACGGGACCAGGUGCGACGUGCAAGAUUGGGGGUGGUCGUGCUGCGAGGAUCACCUGGGCCGCGCAAAGUGUCCACGGAACUUGCCGGUGAUGUGCGAGGAGCUCUGCGGAGGCGAGACGGAGCACUGCUGCGGGACUUCGUGUGAGCAGCGCGGCUGUUCCCUCAUGCUGCGCACAGAUGCGUACCAGGAUCUGUUCACAACGACGACGGUUACCACGGUCACCACAAGUGCGCCCCCCGGCGUCGAAGAUCCUGGACUAUUCGGCUUCGUCGACGACAUUGAGCUUGAGUGGCACGACUCGAUGCUGCUCUGGCUGUUGGUCAUCGUUCCUUGCAACUGCGUCUGCCUGUGGUGCUGCCGGAACAGCAUGAAAAGAGAAGUGGAGCGGCAGAAGGCAAGCACCCAGCAGCAUCCUGCAGGUUUGAAGAGCGAAAUAGACAAGGACGGAAGCUUCAAUCUAGUGCAGCCGUUCCCUUUUGGACGAAACGUGGAGGAUGGCAAAGGAAAGGAGAUGAAGGUUCAUGAGACGAUCCUCGUCCACGAGCUACCGCUGUCCCGGCCGCUCGGCCUGGAGCUCGAGGAGUGCUUGGUGGUGCGCGUCCACGCCCAGGGAGCCAAGUGGGGCUGGCAGGUCGGCGACAUCAUCUUCGAGGUCGCAGGCAAGCCGGUGUCGACGUUCGAGGAGGUGUACAGGAUCCUGACGGACGAGAAGAAGCGCCCGCCGGUGAAGUUCUCGGUGUGGCGCGAGGCCUCCACGGCCAUGGCCGUGAUGGCCGCGUCCGAGGCGGCGAGGCCGACGUCCGUCGCGGGCGCUGGGCCGCCAGGCCGAGGCUCGAGCGUGGCGCCGGAGACGGGCAUCUCCGAGGAUGGCGCGCUGCGCGAGGCGGCCGUCGCCGCCCUCGAGGUGCCGCCGCUGGCGGGGCUCGGGGUGCCGGGCACGCCCUCCUCCACCCAAGCGGAGAGUCAGGUGGAGCUCGAGGACGUGAACGACGACGUGCCGCCCGACCUGGCGGCGCGCUUCUCCCCGUGGGCCAUGGAGGUCGCCGCGGGGAUCAAGCCGCAGGAGGCGAGGAGAAUGGCAGAGGAGGAGAGGAAACGCGACGGCGCCGAGUUCAACGUCAGGACGAUCAGCGCCAUGGAAGCAGAAGCUAGGGCCGCCCGCGAGCGCGCCAAGAGGGGGCAGGCAGAGGCGACGCAGUUUCGCAAGAUGGUCAUGCAAAGAGGGGAUUGGCAAAGCCAGAAGAUGCCCAAGAAGGAGGUGAGAGUUGUCAGAGAUGCCUGGGGCCGUGCGACCUUGCACGUCGAUACAUGACCGCUUUAGGGCCAACCUUCCUCGGCAUACUGGAAUUAGUGUCUUGCUGCCUCGCUGCGUGCAUUCUGGCCUGCACCUGUACCUGGCAGAUGUGGAAGGGGCGUUCGUCAAGGAGUGCGCCCAGAAGGCUUCAGACCCUGGAGGAUUUUUUAUCUGACUGAGACGGCAGUGACAUCCAUGGACAAGCCUCAAUUGGCGUCCCACCAAGGGGAACAAUGAGUGGCAUAAACAUAAAAACUCCGAGGUCCGCGCUGCGUUCUCGGAUCCGGGCUGGACCCCCCGAGUCUUUCUGUUUUAUGCCAUUGCUCGUUCCCCUACGAUUGGCGCCCCACCGUCUUUCAGGCCCGGCUCCCUUCUCCAAGGGCUCCUUAUCCAGUGCUCUCGCCGUGCUACCCGAGACACUUGGGCAUGCCAAGCUGCCUCGCGGCACACCGCAGAUCGCCCCAUCCGGCCAUCCUGUGGUGUUGGGUCUUCGUGCCCGUUUAAAAUUUUUAUAUGUUCAAAUUAAAACGGGGAACUUUAGCACCGUACACCGUGCACAUGCGCCUACUCCACCAAUGCUUAGGGGGCCCAUUUCUGACUUGA